UUUAAAAUAUACAUUUGAGACAGAGUUAUAAGCAGAAGCUGAAAAUGUCCAGAAGAUGUCUGGUUUCCUUCACUAUUUUUCCAGCCUUUUGCCUCCCUUCCUGAUUCAGAUGACAUGUUACUCAGAAGGACACUUUAAUUGAUGUGGUUCUUCAACCAGCUGCAUCAGUGAAAGAUUGUGCAUGUAAUUCAAGAUGGCCAGCCAGCUGGCAUCUGAAGAUGCCACAGAGUCUCAGGUGUCGGAUGAGCUUGAGUGCAAGAUCUGCUAUAAUCGCUACAAUCUGAAGCAGAGGAAACCCAAGGUGCUGGAGUGCUGUCACAGGGUAUGUGCCAAAUGCCUCUACAAGAUCAUAGACUUUGGGGACUCCCCUCCAGGUGUGAUUGUCUGCCCCUUCUGCAGGUUUGAGACAUGCCUGCCGGAUGACGAGGUUAGUAGUUUACCGGAUGACAACAACAUCCUUGUAAACUUGACUUGUGGAAGCAAAGGGAGGAAGUGCCUGCCAGAGAACCCCACCGAGCUGCUAUUGACCCCCAAGAGGCUGGCCUCCCUCGUCAGUCCUUCUCACACGUCUUCCAACUGUCUGGUGAUCACCAUCAUGGAGGUGCAGAGGGAGAGCUCCCCAUCCCUGAGUUCCGCGCCUGUAGUUGAAUUCUACAGGCCAGCAAGUUUCGACUCCGUCACCACCGUGUCCCAUAACUGGACUGUGUGGAACUGCACAUCCCUGCUCUUUCAGACCUCAAUCCGGGUGUUGGUGUGGUUGUUGGGCUUGCUCUACUUCAGCUCCUUACCCUUGGGCAUCUACUUGCUGGUGUCUAAGAAAGUCACCCUGGGGGUUGUCUUUGUCAGCCUCGUCCCUUCCAGCCUUGUCAUCCUUAUGGUAUAUGGUUUUUGCCAGUGCAUUUGUCAUGAGUUUUUGGACUGUAUGGCACUUCCUUCUUAA